UAAAAAGAGUUGUGUAACAAAUCGAGUUUCGCGUAGGUUAGUUCCAAAUUUGACGCAGAUCAUGAAUUCUAACGUGCUUUUUGUAACGUUGGCGUUUUUCUGUGGCGUCUUUGUUUGUUCAGACGCUUGCUCCUGUAUGCCCCAGCACCCGCAGGAACAUUUUUGCAAUUCAGAUUUUGUGAUUCUGGCUAGAGUGAAAAGGGAACGAAUACUGGGAGACACCAAAGUCUAUAAAGUUCGUGUUAGAAAGGAGUACAAAGUCUCAGAUAAAGGAGUACUGGCGCUGAAAUCCGGCAGACUGUUAACACCUAAGUAUGGUGCGAUGUGCGGUGUUGAUCUUGAAGUUGGCAAACUUUAUGUAAUAUCAGGCAACAUCGUUACCUUAAAAGCACAAAUUAACAUGUGCGGUAUGAGAACCGAAUGGAAUCAGUUGACCAGAAGACAAAGGAAAGGUCUAAGGGUAUUGUAUAGGCACGGGUGCACUUGUAAAAUACGAAGAUGUUCACUUGGAAAACGCUGUUAUAGACAACGGGAUAGUUGCACGUGGAGGAAUUCCUGUGAAACAAAGGAAGGAAUCUGUCUGCGACAACCAAACAAAUCCUGCAUGUGGGCCAGGACGAGACUUCUAACAACGUGUUCGAGAGAGUGGCGUCGUAACGUCACGAUGAGUUCCUCCUAUCAUCAGUACAACAACUUUGCUUUCCACCAUUAGAUGAUAACAGUUUUGUGUGCAUACUAAAAGAAAACCUAUAAACUUUAUCCCGAGAGGUUGGGAGUAGGGCAACAGUUUUUAUACGAUUUCGUCUAGUCGAUGGGUGGUGCUACAAGAAAACCUGAUGUUUGUAUACUAGAGAACUAAAUUAUUGAUGUUACUAAAAGUUGUACAAUGUUGAAAGGAGUAGUAUCGAUACACAUGUUAGGUAGUUAUUUGUCUCAAUAAAGCUUGAAACACCUUGUACAUUAAUA